GGUGGUGGUGGCGGUUAUGGUUUCGGAAUGGGAGGGGGUGGUGGUGGCGGCGGUGGAGCCGACCUCCAUGUGUCGGCUAACGAGAAGGCCACAAUGCAGAACCUGAACGACCGCCUGUCCAACUACUUGGAGAAGGUGCGCUCUCUGGAGGUGGCCAACGCCGAGCUGGAGCUGAAGAUCAGUCAGUUCCUGGAGAGCAAGACGUCUCCCAGCGCUCGCGACUACUCUGCCUUCUACGCUACUAUCGCCGACCUGCAGGACAAGAGCCAGGAUGCCACUCGUGUAAACGGAGGUAUCAGUGACAAUGCAACGCUCGCUGCAGAUGUCUUCAGAACCAAGUAUGAGAACGAGCUGGCCAUGCGUCAGUCGGUGGAGGCGGACAUCCCCGGGCUGAAAAGGAUGCUGGACGAGAUGACCAUGGCCAGAUCUGACCUGGAGAUGCAGAUUGAGGGGUUGAAGAAGGAGCUCAUCUAUCUCAAGAAAAACCAUGAGUGA